ACGUGCUGCUUCCUGGGGUGGUACGCCGUGUGCGGGGCUCCAUGUCUUGCCAACGGGUGUGCGCUCCCAGCGUGCCACUUUUCAGACACUGGUGCGUGGCAGAGUAUCUCGUAGCCCAUAGGAAGAAAACUACCAACUCUGGUAAUGUGCUGUGUGUGGUAUUCGUUCGUUCUGCUAACUUGCACCUUCGUCUGAAAAUGAGGGAAACGUGCCCAUGCCGUAGGGUACCAGCUAGACUCGGGGCUCGGCUCUUGGCAGUUUGUCCCCCUGUGUUGUAGGUUCAGAGAGGCUCUGAAAAGAAAUCCAAGAACACUGAGUCCAAAGAAGAAAAAUGUAUCAAAAGCAGGUGAAAGAAGCUUUUGUCAGUAACCUCAAUGGAACUAGCGUACUGGAAGUCACGCAGGGCUUGUGCUUCCCUGCGUUCUGCAUCCUGUGCAGAGGCCUCCUGAUCAUUUUCUCGCAGCACUUGUGUUCUUUUUCACACACCUGGAGAACGAGAUUCUUCCUUGACUUUGUUGUUCUCAUUGUCCCCCUGGUGACCACCUUGACCAUAUUGUCUUCAUUUGUCCUCAUUGAGCAUCUCACUAUACUUGCCUGUGGGGCGUGGCUGUUCUAUCAGAUAUACCAGAGGAGGACUUGCUAUGCCAGAGUGCCUGUUCAGAAAAUCCUUGAAAAAUUCUUGACAAUCAGCCUAGAAUCAGAUCACAAUCCAGUCAUCACCUGCUACCGUGUCAUUAACAGUGUAUUUACUGCAAUUGCCAUUUUGGCUGUGGACUUCCCACUUUUCCCCAGAAGACUUGCCAAAACUGAGCUUUAUGGGACCGGGGCAAUGGAUUUUGGAGUAGGUGGAUUUAUUUUUGGGACUGCCAUGGUUUGUCCAGAGGUCAGAAGAAAACAUAUAGAUGGGUUCAGAUUGAAUUAUUUUAGAAAAUCAUUAUACUCUGUUUGGCCAUUAGUCGUCCUCGGAGUGGGACGGUUAGUUCUUACAAAAUCCAUAGAUUAUCAGGAACAUGUGACUGAGUAUGGAGUUCACUGGAACUUUUUCUUUACCAUCAUAGUUGUGAAAUUGGUGACAUCACUGCUAUUGAUCAUUUUCCCCUUGGAUAAAUCCUGGAUCGUGGCCAUCAGCAUUGCUGUGUUAUACCAGCUAGCCCUUGACCUUACCCCACUCAAGAGGUUAAUUUUGUAUGGCACUGAUGGCAGUGGCACAAGGGUCGGUUUCUUAAAUGCCAACCGAGAAGGAAUAAUCUCGACGCUGGGGUAUGUGGCAAUACACAUGGCUGGUGUACAAACAGGGCUGUGUGUGCUGAAGAAGAGAACACAUAUCCGAGACUGGAUGAAAGUAGCGUCUGGUCUUUUACUAGUAGCUGUCAGCUUCUUCAUAGCUCUUCAUGUAGUUCAAGUGAAUGUUGAGGUGGUAUCUCGAAGAAUGGCCAACUUAGCCUUUUGUAUGUGGAUAACUGCUUCUAGCCUGAUGCUUCUUAGUUGUUUAUUACUAAGUGAUAUAAUUUUGAGUUUUGCCAAAUUUCUAAUUAAAGGGGCUCUAGUACCAUGUUCUUGGAAACUUAGCCAGUUGCCUGCUACAAAUACAAAGCAUUCUGGAUCUCUAGUGCUAGAAGCUGAAAAAAGGGAACUCUGUCUUUGUUUAAUUACAGCUCUGAACAGAAACCAGCUACUUUUUUUCUUGCUGUCAAAUAUAACAACUGGCCUCAUCAACUUGACAGUGGAUACAUUACACAGUAGUACCUUGUGGGCCUUACUUAUCCUUGGUUUUUAUAUGUUUAUUAACUGUUUGGUUAUAUAUAUACUUUAUUUGCAAGGGAAAAUUAUAAAAUUUUGAUCAGUGGUAGGAGCUGAACAACACUGAGUGGGGAAUAAAUAAAUGUGAAGGAAAUGUGGUGUUUUAAAAAAUAUUUAUUAUCUAUUUGCAAGCAGAGAGAGAAGACAGAGGGCUGGAGGGAUGGCCUAGUGGUUAAGGCAUUUGCCUGCAAAGCCAA